CAAAUCUCCAGACAAAAAGACUUGUCUUGUCCCUCAAGUCGCCAAAAAUAUUUCUCUAUUUCUUCUUUCCAAACUCCAUUGAAGAAGAAGAAUAAGAAGAAGAAGAAACACUCAAGAGAGAAUCGAAGCCGGAGCAGAUCAAGGAAAAAGACGAAUAUGGAGUGCGUAUUCGGACUGGUUGGGAAUGGAUUCGCCAUGGUUGUGGCAGACACAUCGGCCGUGAACAGCAUAUUGGUCCACAAAUCCAACGAGGACAAGAUCAUGGUCCUCGAUUCACACAAGCUCGUGGCCGCUAGUGGAGAGUCCGGUGACAGGGUUCAGUUCACUGAGUACAUUCAGAAGAACGUGUCUUUGUACCAAUUCCGUAAUGGGAUUCCGUUGACCACUGCUGCCGCCGCGAACUUUACUCGGGGUGAGCUCGCCACCGCUUUACGAAAGAAUCCCUACACUGUGAACAUUCUUAUGGCUGGUUAUGACAAGGAGACAGGCCCAUCUUUGUUCUACAUCGAUUACAUUGCAACACUUCAUAAACUUGAGAAGGGAGCAUUCGGUUAUGGAUCCUACUUUUCACUCUCGAUGAUGGACAGACACUACCACAGUGGCAUGUCAGUGGAAGAAGCAGUUGAGUUGGUCGAUAAAUGCAUCAUUGAGAUUCGAUCCAGACUAGUUGUGGCACCUCCAAACUUUGUGAUCAAGAUUGUCGACAAAGAUGGAGCAAGGCAGUAUGCUUGGCGUGAAUCGAUCAAGGAUGCUAGUGUUGUUCCUUCUGCUUAAGGUUUAAGCGUCAUGUCAUCAAUAGACCCUUCUAUUUUCUCUAUUGUUUUUGGUGUUUAGUUUGAAUGGGCAAACAGGGAAAGCUGAUAUCCUUGUCUGAACUUACUCAAAAGUAGAUUUAUUUCUUUUGAAUUUCUUAUAUGCUGGAAUCACUAUAAUUUGAAUGAUUGAGGGGGCAAAAGAAUGAAGUACUACUUAUGUA